UCACGGUUCUACUCGCUAUCGUUGUUUCGUUGCUGGCUUGGCUCCAUCGCCGAAGUUGAAAGAUCUCUUAAAAGUAUGGGUCUUUCUUCACGCAAUUGGGUUUACGACGUGUUCCCGAGCUUCAGCGGAGAAGAUGUCCGUGUAACGUUCCUCAGCCACUUACUAAAGGAUCUUGAUCGGAGAUUGAUUAGUGUUUUCAAAGACAGCGAGAUCCAGAGAAGUCAGUCGCUAGACCCCGAGCUUAGACAGGCGGUUAGGAAUUCGAGGAUUGCAAUCGUCGUCUUCUCCAAAAACUACGCUUCUUCUAGCUGGUGCCUGAACGAGCUGUCUGAGAUUGUCAACUGUAAAGAGGAGUUUGGUCAAAUCGUGAUUCCCGUCUUCUAUGGUUUGGAUCCUUCCCAUGUUAGGAAACAGAGUGGCGAGUUCGGAAAUGUCUUUGAAAACACUUGUCAAACCAAAACAGAUGGUGAGAUACAAAAAUGGCGGAGAGCGUUGACCCAUGUAGCUAAUACCCUCGGGUUUCAUUCUUGGAACUGGGAUAACGAAGCAACCAUGGUUGAAGAUAUUGUCAAUGAUAUUUCGGAUAAACUGAACUUAGCUCCAAUAUCAAAUGACUUUGAAGAAGACUUUGUUGGCAUCGAAGAUCAUAUCACGAAGAUGAGUUUAAUGUUGUGCUUGGAAUGUAAGCAAGUGAGGAUGGUUGGGAUCUGGGGACCUUCGGGGAUUGGAAAGACUACCAUUGCAAGAGCUCUGUUUAGUCGACUCUCUCGUCACUUCCAAGGUAGCGUUUUCUUGGACAGAGCUUUCGUAUCUAAGAGUUUGGAAUUUUAUAGUGGAGGCAACAUGGACAGCUACAACGCCAAGCUUCAUUUGCAAGGACAUUUUCUGUCUCAAGUUUUACGUACAAAGGAUAUAAAGGUAUCUAAUUCAAGUGUUGUGGGAGAGAGACUAAAGCACAUGAAAGUUCUCAUCUUUAUUGAUGAUUUGGAUGAUCAAGUGGUGUUAGAGGCUUUGGCCAGUCAAACUCAUUGGUUUGGUUGUGGGAGCAGAAUCAUUGUGGUUACACAAGAUAAGCACUUCUUAAGGGCUCACGGUAUUGAUCUUGUCUACGAAGUGGGUCUCCCAUCUGAUAAACUAGCUCUAGAGAUGUUCUGUAAAUCUGCUUUCAGGCUAAAUUUUCCACCUGAUGGUUUCUCAGAGCUUGCUUCUGAAGUUGCAAAGCGUUCUGGUAAUCUUCCUUUGGCUCUUAAUGUUUUGGGUUCGCAUCUGCGUGGGAGGGACAAAGAGGAUUGGAUUGAUAUGUUACCAAGGCUUCGAAAAGGUUUGGAUGGGAAGAUUGAGAAAAUAUUAAGAGUUGGCUACGAUGGGUUAAGUAACAAAGAUGACAAAGCAAUAUUUCGUCUCAUCGCAUGUUUAUUUAAUGGCGCCGAGAUAGGUUACAUCAAGCUGCUACUUGCAGAUAGUGUAUUGGGUGUAAACAUUGGGCUAAAAAACCUAGUUGAUAAGUCCCUCAUUCAUAUUGGGUGUGACACUGUGGAGAUGCACAGCAUGUUGCAAGAAAUGGGUAGAGAAAUUGUUCGCAAACAGUCCAUUGACGAGCCUGGAGAACGGGAGUUUUUGGUGGAUUCGAUGGAUAUUUUGGAUGUGCUUAAUGAUAACACUGGUACAAAAAAGGUUAUAGGUAUAUCAUUAGAUAUGUCUGAGAUUGAGGAGUUGCACAUACAUAAGAGAGCCUUCAAAAGGAUGCCUAAUCUCAGGUUCUUAAGAUUUUACAAUAAAUUGGGGAAGCAGAGUAAAGAAGCCAGAUUGCACCUACAACAAGGCUUUGACAAAUAUUUUCCCCCUAAACUUAAACUACUGAGUUGGGAUGGCUACCCGAAGAGGCGUAUGCCGUCUAACUUUCAUGCUGGACAUCUCGUUGUACUGAGAAUGCAACACAGCAAGCUCGCAAAGUUGUGGCAAGGAGUCCAGCCGCUUACGUGCCUUAGGGAAAUGCAUUUGUGGGGAUCAAAAAACCUGAAAGAAAUCCCAGAUUUGUCGUUGGCCACCAAUCUUGAGACACUUUAUCUCAACGGUUGCUCGAGUUUAGUGGAACUUCCUUCCUCCAUUAGAUAUCUGAAUAAACUGUGGGACUUAGGCAUGAAAGGAUGUGAGAAGCUAGAGCUUCUUCCAACCGGCAUCAACCUCAAGUCUCUCUAUCGCCUUGAUCUUGGUAGAUGCUCACGGUUGAAGAGGUUUCCUGAUAUUUCAAGUAACGUUUCAGAGCUCUAUCUUAAUCGAACAGCGAUCGAAGAAGUUCCUUGGUGGAUCCAGAAAUUUUCCAGGCUUAAACGUCUACGUAUGAGGGAAUGCAAAAAGCUCAAAUGUAUGUCUCCAAACAUCUCUAAACUGAAAUAUCUUGAGACGCUUGACUUUUCAAACUGCAUAGCAUCUACAGAAGAAGAAGCACUUGUUCAGCAACAAUCAGUUUUGAAGUAUCUCAUAUUUCCAGGAGGACAAGUGCCUCUGUAUUUCACUUACCAAGCUACUGGAAGCUCUUUGGCCACCCCUCUGCCAUUACAUCAGACUCAGAGCGCUCUCUCUCAACGAUUCUUGAGAUUUAGGGCUUGCGUCGUGCUUGAUGCUGAAUCUAUGUCCUCCGAGUUAUACGUGAUUGAUAUCAAAGUAGGUUGUCGCUUGAGUGGUAAACGCAGCAACCACUUUGAUUCAGCUGACUGUCGAGAUGCCUUCUUAACAUCUCAUAUGGAUAGUCAUUUGGUUAUAUUUGAUUCUCGUUUCCCUCUAAACCAAGAUAAUGCUGCUAUUGCUGAACUGAACAAUGAUAAGGUGGUUAUAGAGUUUCAUUUCACUAGUAUUUCUUGCUGCAAAAUAAAAGGAUGUGGCAUACGCUUCCUCAUGGAUUGCACAUCACCAGAGAACCACCAUAACGAUCCAAAUAUUCUUGCACCUGUUUGCGAAGCAGAUGCAAAAACCAUGGCUGAUGGUGGAUACCAUGAGACUGGACACGGUGAUGAGUAUGGAGAAAUCAGUGCAGAGUCAAAGAGAAGCAGGAAGCGAAAGCGGUUAUAUUCUCAGACAACCAUAACGACCGCUCAAGAAACUACUGACUUGCCCAACCUUCAAACCCGGGAGGAACAUAGGAUGUCACUUUCCAAUCUUUGAUUCUAAAUCUUCACAUAGUUGUGUUAUUGGAUGUACUUAAUGAUAGCACUGUAAGUUCUCUUAAAUAAAUGCGCAAUGAAAAGCAUAUAGCAAAACCAAAUUAAAUGA